CCUUGCGGGGCCCUUCUCAGCCGCCAACAGCCUGUGGAACCAAUUUAGCGGCCCUGAGCGGCCAAACCUAAAUGAGUUGAAUUUCUAUUUACUCAAGCUUGCUACAGUAGCCGCCCACUCAUCGCAAUACCUCGCGUUCUUUGGCUUUACGCCCUUCCUUUACAGUUUCUUUCCUCAACAUUCACCACAUCACAGCAUGUAAUGCCAUGAUAUUUGUAUCUCCAAUCUCAGCUAUUGCGCCUUGUUCAAAAUUACGUUCAAGGCUAGCAAUAGUGACCGCCAACUCGAAACCGUAACCGUCCGUAACAGCAACAAUUUAGCCGUCAUGGAUCGCUUCCGAAAUACUGCGGGUGAAUAUGAUGACUCGGCCAUCAUGGACGAUAUCAAGGUCGCUGGAUAUCAGGAAAUUGCUGCAUUGCAGGAAAACCAGGCUCGGUCGCCCUUGACGAAAACGCGGUCCAUGUCUGAUGGAGGAGGAACUCCCUCUCGACUCUCUCCCUCACCACGUAUCAUUGAGGCAUCUCGACGGACAUCAAAAGACGACACUAGUAUUCCGACCCCCCAGCCAGUGACACCGCGGCGCCCAAACUUCUCCAACCGUGGCUUUUCCAUACAGAUGCCUCCUCGAGAAUUUACUCCGCCAGCCGCGGACUCAUACGUCAAACCCGCACCUUUAUCACCUAAACUGGACCACUCCCAGAUAUACGCAUCCCCUACCAAUAUACUUCCUCGUCGCUCCCGUGGUCUCGACUUCUCUCGCGCCGCUACCAGCCUACACCACUCGACCCUCGCCGAACAGUCUUCUCCCGACUCAUCGCCCACCGCUGGUGGCCGGGCAAUGAACAUACCGAGCCGAAGAAGUCAUUAUGCAGGCCCGGAACAAACAUCGACGUCUCUGUGGUCAGUCAUGGGCAAUCAGGAAAAGAUGCACAUCAGCAGCUCGCUUGGGAGCCAGGUGAUUGGCUCUGAUUCGUCAAGUACCUCUGAUGACGAUGAGCUGAUGGACGAGGAUAUGGACGAGACCUACGUAACAACUCCGCAGGUCCAUAAGAUUGGUCCAAUUCUCGGUCCCCAAGGGUCUGGUGGGACCUUUGGAUCCCCUGCAAUGAGCAGCCUCAUGAGUUUCCAACAGCGACAGAGACCCCGCAAACAAGCCAAGAAGAAGGCUCGUGGGCCUUUGGGACUUGGAUUCAGUAGCGCAUCUCUAUCCAAGUCACCGCCAACUAAUUCUUCUCGGGCUCGUCGCGAAAGCAUCAGUUGGCAGGCUAAUCAAUUGCACAUUUCUGGUGCAGAUUCCGAUGAGACACGAGCGAUGGGCGAUGUGGAUGGGCUUGGAGAUGGGCAGCGUAAUGUCAUUCGGAGGGUAGUAACAAGACGUGGAAAUCUUUUGCCCAAAACAAAAGGAUUUGCACGCAUUCGUGCCGCGCUCAUGGAAGAGAGCACUCCCGCCGAAUCUGAGUUUCGUCGAGAAGCCGAAGUUGUUAAACAAGUUCGUGAUUGCGACAUGGAGCUUGAGCCCAGGAUCCCGCAACCGGUCUUGGAAUCAACGCAAUCAACAACAGCACCCUCUUCACCCAACUUAACGCAGCAAGAAGGCCUGAACGACGUGCCCGAGGACGAUAUCAUGGGCGACAUUUCUAUGAGUCUCUCUAGCAGUUUUAAGCAACAUGCUAUCAAGAACUCAAAAGGCAAGACGUUUUGGGACACCUUUUCUGAGUCAAGUAGCACUGGCGGCGCCAGAACCACACCGCCUCCUGCAGCUUUUCUUCCUCGAGGCUCAUCCUCAGGUAUCAGCGAAGACGUGGCGAUGGACUCACCGUCAGUUGGUGGAGCUACUGCCCCGCAGAAUGGCGGUACUCAACCACCAAGUGCUGCAGAAAUAACUCGAAGAAUCAACAGUAAACGUCGCCGGGACGAUGAUUUUGAUCCUGUUAGCUUCAAACGUCGAGCUGUCAGCCCUGGCAUGAGCGUUCACAAUUCACCAGUCAUGCAGAGUCCACUCCAACGAGACGGUAUGUCAUGGGGUUCUCGUCCCGGUAGCAACGGCGGCGAUAAGGCCGGCAGUAGUGCCCCAAGCGAGGCCGGUAGCACACCAGGAAACCUAUCCGGCAGUAGCUCUGCGGCUGGACGACUUAACAGCAAAGGCCGGGUUGGUUUCCAAGGAAUGAUUGAUACCCACGAUGGGAUCAUGCGUAUGAGUAUAGAGUAGCUGACUGAUUCUUUCUGUUGCAAACAUUUGGGUGCCUCGAAGGAUUCGAGUCUUUGGAUCAUGAAACUUAAAAGCAUAUGGAGGCGUUAUGAGCUAUGGCGUUAUUCAGGAAUGGAUUGGGAUGGGGUCUUCAAACAUACAGCCUUUGGAAGCGGCUUUUAUUUCUAAUACCCUCAUCUUGAGCGAAAAUAUUACGUAUCAUCA